AUGCAGUCUGCCACUGUUCCCCACAGAUAUUUUACUCCCCACCAUAAGAUCUUCCCUCUUGUCCGGGAUGUAGAACCCGAAUAUACCACGCAUCCAGAUGCUGACCGGCUCGUCAGAGACUUAGGUUACAAGAACCUCCUGGAACAGCUUUGUGCGAAGGUCGACUUCCCUCCGUCACUUCCUCUAUCCGAGAAAAAGAAAAAGUGA